AAUCAUACUUACUAUUUUCCCCCUCUUCUUCUAAACCAUCUUAUAUUUAGAAUUUCGAGACUUACUUUCAAUGCAUACUUAGUUUCAACUGGGGAAUCAACACAAGCAAAAGCAAUUUUUCCGUGUCUUGACAUCUAGCUUCCUAUUGGCUCACAACGGGUCAGCUGACUUUGUCAUUUUGUCUGUCCUGGAGUGGAGCCGUCCCUAUAACAAUCUAGUUCAGACUACAAACUGGAGACAGAAAUAAAUAUUAAAGAAAUCAUACAAGCCAGGUAUAGGGGGGAAGAUAUGAAUUCCUAUUUCACAAACCCGUCGCUAUCUUGCCACCUCACCAGUGGUCAAGAGGUAUUGCCCAAUGUGGCUCUGAAUUCCACUGCCUAUGACCCUGUAAGGCAUUUUUCAACUUAUGGAGCAGCGGUUGCUCAAAACAGGAUCUAUUCAUCUCCUUUUUAUUCACCGCAAGAUAAUGUUGUGUUUAGCUCCAGUCGGGGACCAUAUGAUUACGGAUCUAAUGCCUUUUAUCAAGAGAAGGACAUGCUCUCUAGCUGCAGGCAAAAUUCUAUGGGACACAAUACACAAACUUCCAUUGCACAGGAUUUUACAAGUGACCAAAACAGGAGCACAUCCCAGGAACAGAAAACUAGCAUUCAAAUAUACCCGUGGAUGCAGCGCAUGAACUCCCACAGUGGGGUUGGCUAUGGAACAGAUCGAAGGAGGGGGCGCCAGAUCUACUCCCGCUACCAGACCCUGGAGCUAGAGAAGGAGUUCCAUUUCAAUCGCUACUUGACACGACGGAGGAGGAUAGAGAUAGCCAAUGCUCUUUGCCUAACUGAACGCCAGAUCAAGAUCUGGUUCCAAAACAGGAGGAUGAAAUGGAAAAAAGAAAGCAAUUUGAGUUCCACCCUGUCUGGAGGAGGUGGCGCUGGAGCAGCUGCGGAUAGCUUGGGUGCAAAGGAGGAGAAAAGAGAAGAAACAGAGGAGGAAAAACCAAAGGAAUGAACACUGACGGCUCAGCCAGUUCCUCCCCCU